CCAAACGGCUGACGGCCACAUUCAGAGGCGCGAAGCCUCUGUGGACUCCAUGUUCUCGCACCUUCUGCAGAACUCCAGCCAUGGCAUGUAAGAAAUACUAUUUCGAACAUGACAUUUAUGGUGUGGGCUUCUAUGAAGAAGAAGUAACAAGUGAACUCCAGCAAAGGAGGGCUGCAGCAGCAAAUGCCAGCCACAGUGAAGAAGUUGCAGGCAUCCUGGAGGAGCUGGGCCACCUAAAUGCUGUGAUUGACCACAACUACAUCCGUGAAGAGAAGAACAGCACCCGUGGGAAGUCCCGUCAACCUGUACAAGGAAGGCAGGAGCCGGUUUUUCGGAAGCCAUCCAGGUGUUGCGGAAAGCCGUACAAGUUCACUCCUGAACAACUACUUGAACUAGACAGAGUUUUCGAAGAAACUCAGAACCCCGAUGAACUCAAAAGGAAAGAGCUUGCAGAGCUCAUCGAUGUGGAAGAAUGCACAGUGAAGGAUUGCUUUCCAACUAGGAAAAUCAAUCACCAUAGAAUAAGUGGAAAUCAAGCUUACAGAUGUACCAGCUGGUACCCAGACCACCUCUUCCUGAAGAUUUUGGAGCAGAAGUAGCAGAUUGCCAUCAUUGUUCCAGAUUCAGAUGGGACAGUAUUUUUCUGGUGUCAUCAACAGGUUAACCUGUCAGUCUGUCUGGCUAUGGCAACCUUAACUUCUCAGCACUUAUUUCUGCAAUAGCAAGGUGAAUUUUCAACACA